UAGUCACGAUGCAAGAGAUAAUAUCGGAUUUUCUUGAAGAGUGUGAAUUCGUUGACACUUCACUAGCCGGAGAUGAUCUAUUUGCUAUCUUAGAGAGUCUAGAAGGCGCCGGAGAAAUAUCAUACACGGUUGCAUCUACACGUAGACAGGGAAUCACAAGUUCAAACGAGUUAGUAAAGGAUCAAAUCCAUGAUUCUUCAUCUCCUAAGAAGAAUAAGAGGAAAAGACUAGAAACCAACAAAGACGAGGAAGAAGAAGAAGACGGAGAAGGGGAAGGGGAAGGGGAAGGGGAAGGGGAGGGGGAAGGUGAAGAAGAUAAUAAGCAAGAUGGGGAACAAAAGAUGUCUCAUGUAACCGUGGAACGUAACAGGAGAAAGCAAAUGAAUGAGCACUUGACGGUUCUACGGUCUCUUAUGCCUUGUUUCUACGUCAAACGGGGGGACCAAGCAUCGAUUAUAGGAGGAGUUGUGGAAUACAUAAGCGAGCUACAACAAGUUCUUCAAUCUUUAGAAGCCAAGAAACAACGUAAGACCUACACUGAUGUCCUAAGCCCGAGACUAGUCUCAAGCCCUCGUCCUUCACCGCCUGUCCUAAGCCCGCGAAAACCGCCUCUCAGUCCGCGCAUCAACCACUUUCAGAUCCACCACCACCUCCUCCCUCCCAUAAGCCCUCGAACCCCUCAGCCCACAAGCCCAUACCGAGCCCAUCCGACGCAACUACCACUGAUCCCACAGCUUCCUCUUCGUUCUUACAGCUCAUUGGUAAGUGGCAGCAGCUUAGGGGACCCGCCUCCAUACUCUCCAGCUUCAUCUUCUUCCUCUCCUUCAGUUAGUAGUAACCAUGAGAGUAGUUUGAUAAAUGAGCUCGUUGCUAACUCAAAGUCGGCUUUGGCUGACGUUGAAGUGAAGUUCUCAGGAGCUAACGUGCUGCUAAAAACGGUAUCGCAUAAGGUCCCUGGACAGGUUAUGAAGAUUAUCGCUGCUCUUGAGGAUUUGGCUCUUGAGAUUCUUCAGAUUAAUAUUAACAGGGUCGACGAAACCAUGCUUAAUUCUUUCACCAUCAAGAUUGGAAUUGAGUGCCAACUAAGUGCAGAAGAACUGGCUCAACAAGUUCAGCAAACAUUCUGCUAAUAAAAGAAGGAUUUAAUAGAUCUUCCACAUAGACCCUAACGAGAGAUCAGAACUUACUUUUUCUCUCCUUAUUAUCCUUUUAAUUAUUUUCAAACAUUGGCGUCGUUUUGAAUAAUAUUGUUAUUUAAGAUUUAAACCAAAUAGUAAUC